GCAGCUGCUGCAGAAGACAGAGCAGCUGUGAGGGUGCUUUGUACGUGUUUCAGUUGGUAUGAGGCCACACAUCUCUAUGUGAGGGCCACUCCUCUGAAUUCCUGGCAUCCAGGAAGCAGUCAGCUUAAAUACAGCCACGGCUCACAUCCUCACCCUGCUUCUCCCUUGGUCACUCAUUGUGCAGAAAUAUCGGCCGCUGCCACGACUGCAGCUUUUCCUUCUGAGAAACCACCCCAGCACUCAUCACUUACACACUACUCAUCCACCACAGACCCUCUCAAAAUCCAUCCAGCUGGUGCCUCUGUGGCUCCCACUUCUUUCCAGGGCAGGCAGGAGCUGGACACCUUCCCUGUGGCCACAAGUCAGGGGCAUGAUCUGGAUCCUCUUGGUCUGUCUGUUGUGUGUGUCUGGGGGUAGUUUUCUUGUUGUACCGUUUUCAUUAAGCACUGCCAGGGAUGCUGUUGGAUUCCUCCAGUUCCCAUCUUUUCCAUUGUGCAGCUCUGGGGAAAGUUGAUUUCACUUCUCUUGUUUUUUCUCCCAGCUCUAAAAAGCUGGAUCAUUUUGUAGUCAGGAGCUUCAGAAGGAUUUUCAGAUGCCCUUUGUGUCUCCAUAGCAGUUUGCAUAGGUGUCCUGACAUCUCUCUGAUAAAUUGCUAAAUUUGAAUGGGAAUUGAUAAAUUCCCAGCAUUUUUCCCAAGAGACUCCUGCCACAACCCAGCAAAACCAGUCCUUGAUUGUGUUCCUUCUAAUAACUCUCUGCAAGGAGAUUGAAAACUCCGAAAGGAUUAAACAAAACCCCAUUUUAAGGCUCCUCUUCCACUGCUGUGACAGCAAGGCACCCCAUUGUUUCUGCAGGACUUUGGGAAAAGCUCAUGGAAAUUGUUCCUGUCCUCUCUGUGACCCUGGUGUACAGGGAGUUAAAGUCUCCAAUCAUCUCUUGGACAAGCACUUGACAAGACUUUUGGACCUAUCUCAGAAGAAAAAACAAGGUGUUCAAAGAGAGAUGCAUAGCUUGAGUUUGAGCGGGAGCCUUUUUUAAAAUUGACCAUUUUGGUACUAUAUAAAAUGCUGAUGUGAUUUGAAAGCUCCAAAUUACAACAUUACCAGGCAGCCACAUCUCUUUUCUUCUGCCCUCUUCCUUCCUCCUUGCCUCACCACGUAUCCCCUUGCGCUUUUGCUUCCCGACUGGUGACUUGGCCAACUUUAUCCGGGGCAAAGCCCCCACCCCACCAGCACCCGAGGCCACGGGGUGCUCCUGUGGCCAUCCUGGGUGAGUUCCUCACCCAGCCAAGUGUGAAAUUUGAAAGAUCUGAGUGGAAACACAGAGCAGGGAGAUCACCAUUGGUUUUUUUUUCACGGUACGGCGUGAGGCGUUAUCGCUUAUGUGAGAGGCAGCAAAAAUAGCGUGGGGAAAAAUAUAGCUUCAAGAAAGAAAUAUGUAAAUGUUUGAGUAGACUAAAAACCCCCCUGCUUAGUCAGGGGCUUGCACUCUGCUUUCAUUCUGGGCUUUUUUUGUGGCUGAGGGGCAAAUGCUCAAGGGAAUGAAGGGCAAUGUGGGUACAGGAACAAGGCGUGGGGGCUCCAAACGUCGCGCUCCGUCCCAAUGGCUGCUUUUAAUUAAUAAUAUUGCCUACUGAGCUUGUGGGGGGCAUCUGAGAGAUGACAUCAGCUGUCUCUGUGCUCCACCGCCCGGCUGUGACUGCUGAGGUGUGAAUUCCGUGUCGGAGCGUCACCCUCCCCGAUAAAUAGGGGUGUCUGUGCGCCCCGUCCCGCAGAGCAUCCGUGGGGCUGAGCCUUCACUGAGGAUGGGAGCCCCCCUGCUCCCGUGGCUGCUGCUGCUGCUGCUGCUGAUGUCCCACUGUGCCCACGCAGCCAUCCUGGAGGUGAACGGGAACCUGAGCUGUAGGUGUGCCAAGACAACCUCGGAAUACAUCAGUCCCAAGAAAUACGAGAGCAUUGAGAUAAGGCCUGUGGGCAGCAGCUGCAGGCGCACGGAGAUCAUAAUUAAACUAAGAACCUCAGGGAAGGUGUGUGUGAAUCCCGAAGCCCCCUGGGUAAAGAAGCUGCUGAAGCGCAUCGCCAGCACGAAGAAAAAAUAAGUUUCCUGCUAAGGAAGUUGGUGCCCAGAGCCCCGAGGCAGGCUGGCAGACGAUGCCCAGGUGUGCAGACCUGGCUGCUCCUCACUUUGCCCUCGCUUCCUCCUCUUCCCGAAAGCCCCACGUCUGGCUCUGGGGGCAGUGGCUGUGGGGAGGGUGGCUCACUGCUGGCCCCAGCCCCAUGGCAGGUUUGUGGGGGGGUUCUCCCCUGCUCUCGGUCCCUGGAUCAGCAUGAAUGUCAAUCCUUCAUUGAUUUAGUUGCCUGUGGACUGCGAAGCUCUUCCCUGGCAGGGCCUGCUCCUGCUUCUUUAGGAAUGAGUUUGUGACUUUUUCCAUGUGAAGUGCUUGGUGACAGAGCGUGUGUCUGAGGGUUCUGUGGCACAGCGUGGCAUGUCCUGUUCUGGAAGCUCAAGUCCAAUAAAUUUCAGGGUUUUCCUUUC